AUGUUCACCCGGAAGAACAGCCGAUCGUCAGACAUUUCAUCUCACCCUUCGGUUCUAGAUCUCACAUUUCGGGCCCUCCCCCCAAGGGACCUGGCAGCAGCAGCGUGUGUGUGCCGCGAGUGGCGAGCAGCAGCUACCAGUGAGCCGCUCUGGCACCGCCACACCAUCGCGCUCUGGCCUGCUCUCGCCAGCCCUGCCGUGGCCCGUCGGGUCUCAGACUCGUGUGGCUUCUACCUCUUUUACAGGUAA